GUGUGCCUCUUCCUAAAAGACAGCCCACACGUUGCCUGGGGAAAUUCUUCAUGGCAUCAUAAUGGGAGUCAUGCGGAGGCACUAUUCGCAACAGGGCCCUGGAGGGAAAACAUCUUUUUGACCAAUGUCUGUCCACGGGGUUAAGGGGAAAGUCCGCUUUCGCCCUCAGCAUCGACACCCAUCAGUCCUGAGAAGAAGGAAUUAGUACUCUUUUAAGGAAGAUACUUUUCCUGAGUGAAACAGUGGGCAGCACCAUGAAACCAGAAAUAUUGUGUCUCCUGGUUUUGUAAGGUACCCCUCUGUCACCACGGCAACCACCCCUAAAGCAUCUUUAGUAAUGAUCAGCAUGACCGCAUGCCUCCUUGUGCUUUCCAUGUGUCUCGGGCCCCUGCUAGCACAUUUCGGGACGACCCCCAACAUCAAGCACAUCGUGAUGGGACGGUGUUUCAAUUACAUCACACUUGUUAACCCCAGCGUCAGAUACGACUGCGAGGAAAUCUGGCAACAGUUUGAGGAGGCGGUGGUGCAGCAGGCGUCUUGCGGCGUGGCCGUCGAGGACUACCGCCACAUGUUCCAAGCCAUGCCGCAAACGUGGGCCUGUGACCGGUUCCUUUUCUGGAGCAAGACUCGGGCGCUCAUACACGACUACGCAGCUGUGGUGCGUGGCUUUUGGACCCUGGAGGACACGCUGGUUGGUUACAUGUUCAACGAUCUCAUCUGGUGCGGUCAGCAGGAAGACGCAGAUUUUGAUUUCGGCUCCUGUCCCCAGUGGUCGGCCUGUUUGGAUCACCCUGUGCACUCUCUGUGGAGGCAAGCUUCAAAGGACUUUGCAGAAACAGCAUGUGGGAACAUCACCGUCUUACUCAAUGGAUCCAUUGACGACGCCUUCAAUAAAAACAGUAUGUUUGGAAGUGUGGAGCUGGACGGUCUGAAUCCACACAGGGUGAACUAUGUCAACGUCAAAGUGGUGACCAACCUGGAUGGCCCGUUCAUAGAAUCCUGUCAUCAGGGUUCUGUUGUGGACCUGAUCCACAUCCUCCAAUCCAGAGGUUUCCGCUGGACCUGCUCAGACAACGACCAGAUCCUGAUGAUCCUGCAGUGCGUCCAGAACCCAGAACAUCCGUCCUGCAGGACAUGUGCAGACAGCCUGUCACACGGAAAGACCGCGUUCACAGGGAACUAAGGACAACGUUUCUUUCAUUAUCGGAACCACAUGUCUCCGAUAAAGACUGCAUACCUCUUUUCUUUGUUGCUGGGAUGUCAUCACCACUUUGAUGGUUUAUGCAAAAACUGACCAAUUUCCAAAAAGCUCAAAUCACAUUUAAUGCUUAAUUUUGUACUUUUUAACCUUAUAAUCACGUUUUGAGGUAGCAUUUCAGCUAAUUUUAUACAUAUUAACCUAAUAAUCACACAUUGUGUUGCUUGGCGCUAUCUUAAAUGUAUGCUAGCUGUUUCCCUGUUAGCAUGCUAACAUUAGCAUGCUGACAUUGGAAGCUAGCUUUUUAGGUACAUUUUCACCUAAUAAUUAUGGAUUUUAAUAUAUGGUGCCAUCUUAGAAGCAGCACAAACAAAUAUAUCAUGUUUUCAUCAACUUUUAUCAGCAUUUUUCAACAUUUUACUUAGCCAUUGAUGGUUUUGUUGUAU